GAGAGAAUAUGACAUUGACAAAUCUAAGGAUAGAGCAACAACAAAGAAAAAGUAUUAUACAGAAGGACACACUAUUCAGCACCCUCCAUUGCUUCAUUUAUAACCUUACACAUAUUGUAUAAAUUCCCUAACCAAGUCUCAUCAAUAUAAUACCAUUUCUUUUUUACUUUUGUCAAACCCUAACAUAUAUAUACAUAUACAGAGAGAGACUAAACUAUCCUCCUCCUCCUUUGUUCUUGCUAUUCUUGUUCCUGUUGCUUCGACUUUGAAUUAUUACAAUGGGUGGAGAAGAGAAAAUUUAUGAAGACAAAAUAUUGAAGAAAAAUGAUGAUGUGCUCAACUAUCAAUGGGUGAUUAUGGAAGGUGGCAAUGAUAUAUGUGGUUUUGAGUCCAAUGAGUCCUCCUUUGAAGGUUCAAUUAAUGGAUCAUCUUCUUCAUUAGAUAUGAUGGAGGAUGCAACGUCUUCAACAUCAUCUUCAUCAUCACCUUCUGAUGGACCUUUGUAUGAAUUAUCAGAGCUCAUGGCCCAACUACCCAUCAAGAGAGGGCUUUCAAAGUAUUAUCAAGGCAAGUCACAGACUUUUGGAUCUCUUGCAAGUGUGAAGAGCCUUGAAGACCUUGCUAAGAAGGGAAAAAGACCUUAUAGAAGGAAAGUGAAGUCAUGUAAGAGCUAUGGAGGCGGUUUUGACAAUCAUAUAUACAGUCCUAAGGCUGCCAUAUCAAAGAAGACUUCUAGGGUUUCUCUUCUAUCUUCACUAGGUAGGAGAGAGACAUUGUUCAGUAGUUGUAGGACUUCCAUCUCUAUACAGAAGAACCUCUAAUGUAGAAACAUGUUGGAAUUUGCAUGGUUUGUGUUGCGAGGUUCAUUUGUUUGAAAGUGUUUUAUGAUAAUGGAUACUCAUUUUUCUUACUAUCUUUUGAGAGAGAGAGAGAGAGAGGGGCUAAUCUAACAAAUGAGUUUAGGUGGGUAGA